UAUGACCUGAAAGGUCUUGUAUCAGAAACUAGACCAAGCACGUCAAAUCUGAUACACCCACCUGCUUAUAGUCAACAUGUACAUCUUGAUAGAACGUUUCAUGUUCCAACUGGGAUAACUGCAUUCGGAGAAAAUGGACACAGUAGUCCAUUUAGUUUGACAAGGUUAUGUGUUGCUUAAAACUACGACUACUUGUAUCAUGUCUGAAGUUCAAGAAAAGAUUCAAACGGCCAAAAAUCUAGAGGAAGUAGAUUCCUUCAAGAAACAGGCCUGGAAGGAUUAUGACCUGCUGUAUGCUGAGUUGGAGUUCACAUGCCAACGAGCGGCCAUGAUGCACCAGCAUGAAGCCUCAAGAUAUGAUAGGAAAAGUUUUUACAUAGAAACUGCUGCCGAGAUUGUAGGAGCAAGUUCAAUAGCUAGUCUAGGUGUUGGGAUACUUAAGAAAAAAAUGAACCUGUUCACAAGUAGGAUGGGUUUAGCUGCUGUAGUGGGGCUACCUUUAGCUGCUGGUCUGGAGUUCCUGGGCAAAGGCAAAGGAAUGGCGCUACCAACGUUACACGACAAGGCGGAGAAACAUAAGAAUUCAGCUGCUCGGUGGCAACGUUUGGCAAGACUGACACAGUCCUACAGGAUCUUAAUGGACGACCCACGUUAUGACGCUGUACAGUACGCCCAGUGGUACAAGGAACUUGUGGACGCUCAGCAAGAAAUCUCUACCAUCGUGAACGUGCCUGACUCGACCGUGGAACUAUUUGACGACCCCGUCGAGGUGAUUAAACCACUCAGGAAAAAUAAACGGCUCUUUCAGCGCUAUAUGGAACUGCAGGACAACAAUGGUGCAGUUCAUGACGGAGGCGACGCAUGAACCAGUUGUACUGAUUGCUUCCAUAAAUGAAUAAUUAUUACAUUGUACAUAAAAUUGACUUAAAUACCAUU